AUGGAGGACCCUUUUGUUUCGAGCCCAGACGGGGCUCCGGCAUCGCGAGAACCGCAUCGCUAUUCUUCUUUCGACACGCAACUCUUCACUUUAAACGCAUCGUCCCCGUCGCAGGCCAAGCGAGCCCUGGAAGCGCAUUUAGCAGAAACUGAGCGGCGGCUACAGGAGGCUUCGAAACUAGGAACUUCGCUCAUAAACCAGCAGAAGGAGCUCUCUGACAAACUCAAGGAAGUCGAACAGCAGCGCGAUGAUGGAGAAAUCGGACCCGAACUACGCCAGAAGCUUGUAGAUUUGGAAAAAGAAUACAACGAGAUAGGUCGUGAAAGCGCUCGUGCUUUCCUGGCCCCGAAGCGAGCAAUCAGCGGUGGAGAUGCAACCCCAAGCGUUGAUUUACGCUCGCCCGCAGCGUCUGCCGUAUUCACCAGUCAAGCAAGUGCGUCCCCAUCAAAAGUCAGUGUGCCUUCACGCAAGCAACGCAACCAACCCUCUGGUCGCGUGCACGACAUUGAAUUUGCUACGGAAAUUUCGACAUCACUUCUGGCUCAAGUUCGUCAACUACAGUCACUCCUGGCUGAACGGGAGGAAGCAUUGAAGGCUGCAAAUUUAGAAACUUCAAGGCUUGAACUUGAGGCCGAGGGAUUCACGCAGAGAAUUCGCACUCUAGAUGAAAGUGAACAACGAUACAAAGACGAGAAUUGGAGCCUGGAAACACAAGGCCGUGAACUCAUGGCAGCUGUUAAGGAGGCUCAAGACCGCGAGACCAAGUUAAAUAGCGCUCUGAGUUCUCUAACAGCUGAAAAAAGGGGGGUGGAACGUGAAUUGGAGGAGUUGAAGCAGAACAAUGGAAAGCUUAUGGAAGACCAGGCCGCUGCACAGAAAGCUCAUGACUCUGAAACCCACAUGCUCCGUAGAAACUUGACCAGUGGAGAUGCGGAACGACUUACACUUCAAGCCAAAGUCGAAGAACUGACAAACCAAAAUCAAGAACUCGCCAAAGCAGUUGCAUCCAUGCGCAGCCGUCAUGUAGAAGCGGAAACACCUCGACCCUUUCGACCCGAUGCCGAGGAUUCGGAGCCAGAAAGAGAUACGCCUGAUAAUUCACCGCCUCCGUCACCUAACAAACAAACUCCAAGACAUGGUCAUCUGGAGACGGAGACUCUGCGAAGUUCUUUGGGCCAUGCCCAUCGGAUGAUCCAGAAUCUUAAGAGCAACAUCCAUCGCGAGAAAACGGAAAAAAUUGAGCUCAAACGUAUGUUACAAGAAGCUAGAGAUGAGCUGGAAACUCGCCGACGCGAUAAUGCACCGGGAAGUGGAGCUAAACGCCAGAAAAUCAAGCCUGACACUUUCAAGAAACCCCUUCCCCGGUCUGAUUUGCUUGGUCCAGGUAGAAGGGGCCGUACUGAGAUUACCUUGGAUGAGCCGGACUGGGAGGACCAUACCAGUGAGGCAAGCCCAACUCGCACCGUCAGAUCUAAAGCAUCCCAACGAAUGCGCUCUCCCAGAGGCAACACCGAUGCCAGCGAUGUCUACCAGACUGCUACCGAAGCUGAAGAUGCGUUUGAAACGGCCAACGAACGAGAGACUGCAACUGAGAGCGAAGCAUUUCAAACUGGGGUUGAGAGCAUGGCUGAGGAUAGCAAUGAGGAACUUACUGAAACUGAGGACAGGGGAACUCCCCGUCAAGGCACAUUGCGAGGCCGAAGAGUCCCGUCUCAACUUGCUCUGGCAAAGGCUGGCAACAGGUCUUCUUUCAUGAGCACCGCAUCGACCUCGGAUGAUGAGAUUAGUGAGAUUCACACGCCGGUACAGGCACAGUCUCAACGUCAACGUGUGAAGGCGAACCGGCCUGGCUACAGACGCAUACGGCCGUCUGGCGAGGCACCAAUGGCUUCCUCCAUCCACGAAACGUCUAGUGCUCAAGACUCACCAGUUGGCUCCUUCCAGCAUGAGAGUGCGAUACCCAUGGGUCAAAGCCUCUUCGCAGAACUCGAAGAACUUGGCAGUCCUGGUAGUGAUGGUGAAUUCGGUACACCCAUCCGAUCGACGCACAUGUUAUCCCAGCCAUCAACCCCGCUUCAAAACUCGGUCAUUUUGGACAGAGACAGUUCUCAGGUUCCAUUGUCUAAGCGCCAGUCACAGAUGGUGGACUCUUCUACAAUGACUGAACCGUGGGCCCCCGAAGUUGCAGUAGCAGCAGAACAAGCUCCUACACGUGAUGUGGUACUUGAAAAAUCACUACUGCCCUCGGUAGACUCAUCAACUCAAUACACGCCUACCAAGCUCCAAACUGGGUUAAGUCCUGAUCAUUUGGCAACCGUCCCAACACCGCCAAAGACCAUAUGGGACGAGUCAAUUGGAAUUGGCAAAAAGGAUAUCAAGGAAUUUCAAUCACCAGUCAAGUUUCAGCUGGAUGUUUCAACAAUCAAAGCGGAAGAAACAGCGCCAGUCAACCCGAAGGUUCGCGAAUUAUCAUUAUCAACAAUAUUCAGCCAACAGACCGAACCCAUUGCAGCCAAACCACGAGAGCCCGAGGUGGCGCUCAUACCAGAAAAGACAAGGGAGUCAGAAGUAGUGCAGCUGUCAAUCUCUUCGAUAUACAGCGAGCAGACCGAGCCUGUUUCUUUCCAAUUGGCGUUGCCAGAACCCAUUGUUAUUGAGCAAAAACCCAGCCUUGACACUUCUCCAAAACCAGAAGUCGCCUUUUCGUCAAUAUACUCUGUAAAAACAGACCCAUUGCCAAUCAAGAAACAGACUUCUUCAACAUCACUACCUUUGUCGAUUUCUCCUAUUCAAUCAACUGAGACCUUGCCCAUAGAGCCCGUCAUCCUGGGAGUUACAUCUGCUGCCUUUGUGGACGACUCACUUAACCGACCUGUGUCCGCUGUACGACGAACUGAACACAAUCUAUCACCUCACAAGAAGCCAUCCACCGUUUUCAUCUCAGAGGAUGCGACUAGCGAAACAAGCCUCAGGGAGGGUGUUGAGAAUCAACCCAACGUUCCAAACUUGCCUCUGAAUGACAUUUCUGGUAACAGUAGCUCUAGGGAAGUGAAGAAAAUUACGGUACAAAAUGCCGACCAGGCUGCUCAAACCAUCCUGUCCUCCAAGCAAAUUGAUCAAUUACUGCUGGACCGUGUGGCAGGUCGCCCAUUCACACCAUCGGAAUCAAGGUCGGCAUCCGGUCUAGAUUCAACUUUCAAUUCCCCUGGUGCUACUCCGAAGGCUAAAGCACCCGUUGUCGAUAUCAACUCAACCCCAGUCUCGCAGCUUAGGCGACCUAGUAGCUCUGGUAGCGUUAGAAUCGGUUCUUCAGGAAGCAAUCACCCCCCUCUUCCUGCUGAUCACAGACAGGUCAUUGCUGCCGCACAAACUACUCAAAAUAUGCCAGGCACGAUGGGACCUCCUCUCGCUCCAGCAUCAGCAUAUAAAACAAGCGUACGCCCUAGGACACCUAACGAGAAUUCUACUCAACCCGCCUCAGUUCGAGCUAGGACGAGGCGUGCGAGUCAAACUUCAACCGCGCGGUCAUCUUUGUCUUCUUUUGUCUCCGAGAUUGAUGUCAGAUUCAACAUGCAAGCGGGCGAGUUGCCCCAAGGAAUACGACCUGGAACCGAUCCACGUAUGAUUCAAGCCAUAACCCAAACCAUGAUUGGAGAGUAUCUUUGGAAGUAUACCCGCAGGACAGUGACAGGUGACAUGUCUAAUACCCGACAUCGCCGCUACUUCUGGGUCCACCCCUAUACUCGCACGCUUUACUGGAGCGAUCAAGAUCCGUCUCACACUGGCAAAAAUGAAAGUAGAGCGAAGAGUGUUGCUAUUGAAGCCGUUCGUGUGAUUACGGAUGAUAAUCCAUACCCUCCUGGUCUGCAUCGCAAGAGUCUUGAAGUUCUCACCCCUGGACGUCGUAUCCGGUUUACAGCUCCUACAAGUCAGAGACAUGAGACUUGGUAUAACGCUUUAUCAUAUCUUCUUCUCCGAACUGAUGAUGAACGACCAGAAGACCAGGAAAUGACGGCGGAGGAUGUGGAAGAAUUCAACCCAGGCAUUCGAAGUCAUUCGCGCCAAACUGGCCCCAGGAUGUCUGUGUCAUCGUACCACAGCCUGAAAACGAACACAUCCAAACAACGGGCGACAUCGUCUCUAUCAAUUCGACCUCCAGUAACUCCUGGUCGUGUAUCACCGGCACCCAGCUCACAACAGAACUCAGCGCUUCGCCAAAGCACAUCGUCACGCAUCAGCAGCGUCUUCAAUGCUACAAUCAGAGGAUCCUUUGCAAGCAUUCGAGGAAGACAUACACCAGUUCCUCUUGAUGACCAUGAUACAUAUAACGCGGAGCACGAUAGCGCGGAGGACCUUCGACAAGUCAUUGAACGCCAAGAACGCGAAGCAGACCGUUUGGAGAAUGUUCGUGCUUGUUGCGAUGGUAAGUUUGGCAGCUACAAUGUUAUACGGCUUGAGGAUUCUAUUCUAAUUUCUUAUCUCAGGGAAACACGAUGUCGGAUCAUUGUCGAGGACCAGUCGUUAUAG